AGACUUGACUGCACCUCUCGGAGUGUGUGAACUUACUGCUGCUGCUUUGACACAUCUGAACUUCAGAUUCCAGACACAAAGGAUGAUGAUGGCUUCCUUCACAUGCAGGAUACUGACUCUGUUCUUCAUCAUCUCUCUGACUCUACAAGAAGGUUGUGGACUCCCGUUAUCAGCCCAGGCAGAGCUGCCAGCUCAGGCUUCAAAUCCACACCGCGUCCGGACCAAACGCUGCUCCUGUAACAGCUGGGAUGAUAAAGAAUGCAUCUAUUUCUGUCACCUGGAUAUUAUCUGGGUUAACACGCCAAGUAAACUCCUUCCUUAUGGUCUGGGAAGUCCCUUGUCUCGUCGCCGCCGUUCAACCAAGCGUUGCGAAUGUGCCAACACAGCCGACAAAAUCUGCUCCAACUUCUGCCAUAAAAGCUCAGAGGAUCCCAAGGAUGAUGUCGUGAGCCCAUCGAUAGAAUCUACAAACACAAACGGCAACAAAUUGCUGACAUCUCUCAGAUCUGUGGUCAACUCCAAUAUGGCAAUUGCAAACACGAUUCUGUCAUCCAAGGAGAACCCGGCUGGAGUCAACAGACUAAAGAGUCGAACAAGGAGGUAGAGGGACUGAGUGAUGAUGAGAAGCAGUUCAACCUGUAUGGAGUUUGGAGACUCCUCCAGCUGCCUUCAUUGUCAGCACCUCGGUUCUUGAAAAAUGUCAAGACCGUGACCAAUCUAGGGUUGCACAAGUGGAAAGAUGAAAGGCAAAGCAGUCCGUGGAUCAAGCAUUUGAUUGACAUGAUGGCUUCGGAAGACCGACAACCCAACAAAACAGAAACCCUACAGCAGGAGAAAUGACGGGAUGAGUCAUUUCUUGAACUCUCCUUAAACUUUUCUGAAUUUAAUCAAACUGUUUUUGGGAAUAGCUGGCAACCACACCAACGAAGGUUGUAAUGACUAAUCAGCAAGCAGUUGAUUUGACACCUAAAUGGAUAUUUUCAGUUCCAUAGCUCAACAACAUUGAGGAUUACAGACUCAAGAGUCAUAUCAACUCUGUAUUUAGUUGGAAAACCAUUUGUCAAUGUCUAUGGAACUAUUCUGCCAUUGUCAAUCUUUGGUUUGGUUAAAUUUUCCUCUGUAUCAGAGCAGUCUUACCUAAUAUUUAGGGCAAACUAGCAAAAAGCUUUUUAAUUAUCAGGCAGUACUUACAAAUGGCAGCUAGUUCACUCCUGACACACAUUGCCUCAGUGAAAUGAAGGUCAUUUCUUUGGGAUUUAUCUCCCAAACAAUUUGCUGGAGACCAUUUAUACAAUGCCAUUGUCAGUUCUUCACAAACACACACCAGACACAUACCGCACACAC